AUGCCACCGGACCAGGCACGCGAAGUUCUUCGCAAACAAAUCGAAGGGAACUAUGACAAAAAGAACAGACCCCUAAAAAUCGACCACUUUCUGCAACUCUUUGCUUUCUGCCAACUAACCUUCUUCACCUUCAAUGGCAGAACAUACGAGCAGAUCAAAGGAACGCCGAUGGGUUCGCCAAUAUCCAGCCUGGUUACAGAACAAGUCCUGCAGGAGCAGGAAAAAAUCGCUUUCAACCUCUAUGAAUCUGCAUUUUGGCACCGGUACGUGGACGACACGUUCGUUAUAAUUGAAAGGAGCAGACUGGCCGACUUUCAAGACCUGCUCAACGGCAUCUUCCCGGACAUUCAGUUCACAAGGGAAGAAGAGCAUGCCGAACAGCUGCCUUUCUUUGGCGUUCUCGUCUCACGCACACCCAACGGCGAACUCAACACCACGGUGUACAGAAAGGCGACUAACACGACUUAUAUUCUCAACUACUACAGUAACCACCCAAUGGCGCAUAAAUGCAGCUGUUUUGGGACACUGUUCCAAAGGGUAAAAAUGCACUGCAGUGAGCCAGAGGGACGAGUACGAGAACUUCGGCAUCUUCGGGACCAACUGGCAAGGAAUGGAUACCCGAACAGCUUCGUCAGCCGCUGCCUCCACCAGCACCCACGGCGAACAAAUGGAGGAGAGCCGCCAACAACCUGGCAACCUCUACCAUACGUGAACAAUGUGUCUGAAGAGAUGGAACGUAUCGCCGGACAGCUAGACGUGGGUAUCGCUCACUGUCCGACAGCGACCAUGAGCAACAAAAUCAUGCGAGUGAAGGAUCGCCUAGACGUGGGAGAACAAUCGGGUGUCGUCUAUCAGAUCUCAUGUCGGGAAUGCACUCGCCACUACACAGAACAGACCGGACGACGACUUAGCUCACGAAUAACGGAACUCAAACGGGCGGUCCAGAGAGGCGACCCGUUAUCUCAGGUCGCCACUCACACACUAGAGGAAGACCACGAAGUCAACUUCGGGAGCACGUGGAUAGUAGCGCGGGCCAACAAUAAGACAGGGCGAGAACUGUUGGAGGCCUGGGUGUCUGACACCAUCUCUAUUAACGGGCACGUUGACAUACCCCCCUGCUAUCACGCGCUCCGUUCCGGCGGCCAAGAGGCGAGACCCAAUUUCCAGCCAAAGGUGCACGCAGUCACGCCACCGUGA